UCAAUCAACCAACAAUCGAGGAAGCUACUAGCAAGCUUAAACAAAAAAUGCUCACAAUUGAGUUCAUUAGGCACGGAGAAACAGAGUAUAAUAUCACAGGGAGAGUACAAGGUCAGCUAGAUAUACCACUCAACGAUAAUGGAAGACUUCAAUCUACGCUCCUAGCUAAUAGAUUUAGGGGUGCAAAAUUUGAUAUAUUAUACACCAGUGAUCUGAGCAGGACAUACGAGACAGCAACCAUCUUAGCCUCCCAUCAUACAUCUACGAAGUUAGUCAAGGAUGCACGCCUACGCGAGAGAUCAUUCGGAAAGUAUCAAGGACAUACACUCUCGAGAGAAGAAAGGCACGGUCAUCUAGAGGGUGUCGAAAGUUUAGACGAGAUGUACACUCGUUGUUUAGACUUUUACGAUGAAAUUAUCAAACCGUUGUCUCAAUUACCUGGAGAUAAGGCUAUAGCGGUUGUUAGCCAUGGUGCACUCCUCUCUGUUUUCCUUAGGCAGGUUUUACUUAACAAGAUGCAAUUCAAGCUUGCAGAGGGCGUUAAACCUUCGAGCUUAUCAAACACAUCCGUCACCAAAGCAAUUAUGAACAGUAACAACCAAGGAUACCUUCUCAGUUGGUCUGAUGACGCUCAUUUGACAGUCCACAAAGAGUUAGACAAUGCGGAUGAAGUCGCAAUGUAAGUAUAGAAUGAUAUACAGAGCUAUAUAUAGAGCAUGCAUAUAAUACAGAUCGUUAUAUUUU